AUGGCGAAUGCAACCAGAUUCCAAUUGAGCCGAAAAGUCCCGGAGCAUUGCAUAGGGGCAAAUUCAUAUACCAAGAAAUAUAUACAACUUUUCGGCGCUAUCGAGGAGACUUGUGCAACGGUUGAAGCUCUUCUGACUGGCCGGAUAAGUGUCUCUUUGGGUGACAUUACUGCUAGACGAAUUGUAUCGGGCUGUCAAAUGAUUAAAUACUGGCAACGACAUACGCUGUAUUACCGGCACGAGGCGAACCUGUCAACUUACACGGUAUUUGCGGUAACAACUAACAACAAGGAACAAGGAAACCCCGCAACCGUUCUGGGGCCAGCUCCCGUAACUCAUACUUUUUGCGAUGCUAUGGGGGGCCCCAAAUCUGCGGCAGAUCUAUGCCAAUCUUAG